AUGAGGAGAGAGAAGAGAGGAGACGGCAGAGGAAGAAAAAGGAGCAGGAGGAGGGAGGAGGGAAGAAAGAAGAAAUGCGAUUUAUGGAGGUGUGAUAUAUGUGUCAGGGAGAUGGGAGAAUGGAGAAGACUUCCUUUUGAAGUGAAGUUAGAGGAACAAGAACAAGAACAAGAACAAGAAGAAGAACAAGAAGAAGAAGAAGAGGAAGAGGAAGAGGAAGAGGAAGAGGAAGAGGAAGAGGAAGAGGAAGAGGAAGAGGAAGAGGAAGAGGAAGAGGAAGAGGAAGAGGAAGAGGAAGAGGAAGAGGAAGAGGAAGAGGAAGAGGAAGAGGAAGAGGAAGAGGAAGACAAAAAGAAGAAUCGAGAUGACUCAGAUGGGAGAAGAGAGUGA